AUGGCGUCUUUGCUUGAUUCCGUCACCGUUACCCGCGUGUUUUCUCUGCCGAGCUCGAUCUCGUCUAUUUCAGCGGCUCCUUCUGUUUCUGGACGCCGGAUUUCUACCGUCGAAUUCAGAGGUUUGAAGGCUUGCCGGAGUUUAGUGAGUCAGUCGGCGAAUCGCAGAUACCGGUUUGCUCGCGGCGUUCGAGGAAUCGUCUGUGAGUCUCAGGACACUACUGCCGCCGUCGAAGUACCAAACCUGUCGGAUUCAGACUGGCAAACAAAGGUUCUUGAAUCAGAUGUCCCAGUUAUGGUCGAGUUUUGGGCACCAUGGUGUGGACCGUGCCGUAUGAUUCACCCAAUAGUUGACCAGCUGGCCAAGGAGUUCGCAGGGAAGUUCAAAUUCUACAAAAUCAACACCGACGAGAGCCCAAACACAGCAAACCGUUACGGGAUACGCAGCGUCCCGACCGUGAUCGUAUUCAAAGACGGUGAGAAGAAAGACAGUAUCAUCGGAGCUGUGCCUAGAGAGACGUUAGAGAAAACUAUAGAAAGAUUCUUGGUCGAGUAA